AGGGAAGUGAUUCCGCCCUGAACUCGGCACUGGAGAGGCCGCACCUCGAGUGCUGUGCCCAGCCCCGUCACCUCUCACUGCAGGAAAGGCACUGAGGAGCUGGAGAGAGUCCAGAGAAAGGCAACGGAGCUGGUGAAGGGUCUGGAGCACAAGUCCUGUGAGGAGCAGCUGAGGGAGCUGAGCGGAGGAUCAGCCUGGAUAAGAGGAGGCUCAGGGGCGACCUUAUUGCUCCCUGCAAUUCCCUGUCGGGAGGUUUUAGCCGGCUGGGGGUCGGGCUCUUCUAGGCAGCCAAUGACAGGACGAGAGAACACAGUCUUAAGUUGUGCCAUGGGAGGUUUAAGUUGGACAUUUGGAAGAAAUUCUUCACAGAAAGGAUGAUUAAACACUGGAAUGGGCUGCCCAGGGAGGUGGUGGAGUCACCGUCCCUGGAAGUGUUUAAGGAAAGAUUGGAUGUGGCGCUCAGAGCCAUGUUCUGGUUGACACGGUGGUGUUUGAUCAUAGGUUGGAUUGGAUGAUCUCAGAGGUGUUUUCCAGCCUGAUGGAUUCAUUGAUUCUGAGCUGGCACCGCUGUCCUGCCUCUCCUGGGGUGUGUGUGUGGGGGGGCAUCUAUGCACCCCCUGCUUGGGCUGCAGCUCCUUUUGCUCCACUGGUCUCUAGUAUUUUAGCUGCAAGUGCAGGAUACUUAUCUUUACUCUUCCAAGAUCCCAAGGGCUUGAUCCACAUUUCUUUCUCCUCAGGCAUCCACUUUUCUCUGAGUGCAUUAAGGAGACUUACUCAUUUCCUUCCCUCCUUCCAGCUACUUUCCCCCAAAGAUACCAGUGACAGGAAGGAAGGAGGAGACCCCCCCCUUAACUCUGAGUGUGGUGAUUGUGCCGAUUUCUUCUGUGCCUGGAGGGCUCAGCUUUCAGCUGCCAGUGUCCCAUUGAAAGCUGCCCUGCUGGUCCUUAUCAGGGAUACGUGGCUGUAUAUCCUGUGACAAAGCAGAUAUGUUUAGUCCUUGCCCUAGACAAGAUUAGAUCUGCAGCAUGUGAAAGGGAUGUCAUAUGUAAUCCUCAGCUGAUGUUAAAUAUAUAGCUACUGGUGGCUCGAGAUUGCCUUGUACGUGGUAACACCUUGGCAGCUUGACAUGGGGUUUUUUCUUCUGAUGUUCCUGGACAAGCAGGAGAAGGAGAAGAUCUUCAUGUAACUGGCUUAAAAAUGGUUCCACAAGAUGACAGCACCAAAUCUAAGACUGUGGAGAUGGAGACUGUCUUCACUUUGACAUGAUGUGUGAAGCUUUUUAGUCAGCAAUUUUUCUUUCUCUUUUACUGUUAUUGUGAAAGGUUACAAAUGGUGUGGGUUUUUAUCAUGAACCGAAUGAGCUCCCAGAGCAGUUCAUCCACUCAGCGUCGGCGACUGGCUCUGGGAAUCGUCAUCCUCCUCCUCGUUGAUGUGAUAUGGGUUGCCUCUUCAGAACUCACUUCUUAUGUUUUUACAAAGUACAACAAACCUUUUUUCAGUACGUUUGCAAAAACAUCCAUGUUUGUUCUAUACCUCUUGGGAUUUAUUGUUUGGAAACCAUGGAGGCAACAGUGUACUCGUGGGUUUCGUGGAAGGCAUGCAGCCUUUUUUGCAGAUGCUGAAGGUUAUUUUGCUGCUUGUACAACAGAUAACACUGUAAACAGUUCUCUGAGUGAACCUUUAUAUGUUCCUGUAAAGUUUCAUGACUUGCCAACUGAAAAAAAUGGCAGUAAUAAUAGUGAUGCAGAGAAAACUCCCAAAAAGCCUCGUGUAAGGUUCAGUAAUAUUAUGGAGAUCCGACAGCUCCCAUCAAGCCAUGCAUUGGAAGCCAAGUUGUCUCGCAUGUCAUAUCCAACAGUUAAGGAGCAGGAAUCAAUAUUAAAAACUGUAGGAAAGCUCACUGCAACUCAAGUAGCAAAAAUUAGCUUUUUCUUUUGCUUUGUGUGGUUCUUGGCAAAUUUCUCUUACCAAGAAGCUCUGUCAGAUACCCAAGUUGCCAUAGUUAAUAUCUUGUCAUCAACCUCUGGGCUUUUUACAUUAAUCUUAGCUGCAGUCUUUCCCAGUAACAGUGGAGAUCGGUUUACCCUGUCCAAAUUAUUAGCUGUUAUUUUAAGCAUUGGUGGUGUGGUACUUGUUAACCUUUCUGGAUCUGAAAAAUCUGCUGGAAAAGAUACAAUAGGUUCCCUGUGGUCUCUUGUAGGAGCAAUGCUAUAUGCUGUGUACAUAGUAAUGAUAAAAAGGAAAGUAGAUAGAGAAGAUAAACUUGACAUACCAAUGUUCUUUGGUUUUGUAGGGCUGUUCAAUCUGUUGCUGCUGUGGCCAGGGUUCUUCCUGCUUCACUAUACCGGGUUUGAAGCAUUUGAGUUUCCCAACAAACUGAUAUGGAUGUGCAUUGUCAUUAAUGGCCUUAUUGGAACAGUUCUGUCAGAGUUCCUCUGGCUGUGGGGAUGCUUUCUUACCUCAUCACUGAUCGGCACACUUGCUCUAAGCCUUACAAUACCUCUGUCCAUCAUAGCUGACAUGUGCAUGCAGAAGGUGCAGUUUUCCUGGUUAUUUUUUGCAGGGGCAGUACCUGUAUUUUUUUCUUUUUUCAUUGCAACUCUCUUAUGUCACUAUAACAACUGGGAUCCAGUGAUGGUGGGAAUCAGAAGAGUUUUUGCCUUUAUCUGUAGAAAACAUCGAAUUCAGAGAAUGCCAGAAGAAAGUGAGCAGUGUGAAAGCCUCAUUCCUAUGCAUAGUGUUUCACAAGAUGGAGAGAGUUGCUGUUCAUAGACAAAAGUUUAAAAAUGGAAUGAUGCCCAGCGAAGAGACAAUCUUCUGGAAAAGUCCCUAAGGAGUCAUGUUUCAGUGCCUAUUCUGAAUCUGUAGUAAAAAUAAGAAGUUUCAGUUCUUUUGAAACUCUAAACUUUUCCUCUUUCUUGCUUUCAUCUGAUUUUAUAAAUGAACAAAGUUACUCUAUGCCUAUCACCAUAGGGAGUCUUAGUCCAUCUGAGCAACCAACCUGCCUUAUAACACUUGAGCUGGUGACAUUACUUGACAAAAUCAAGAAAGCAAAUGCUGUUAAGUGAUUUCUUUCUUUUUUUAACUCAUGAUUUUGUUAAAUGCUGGACAAUAUUGUUUUUAAAAGAUACUUUCAAGUGAGUUAUGUAAAUAAGUUUGCAGGUCAUCAAAUCUUACAGGCUUUCAGAGGAAAAGCUUAAUAGAUACAUUACCUGUAGUAGGUACAAAUUAAAUUUUUUUAUGUUGUAUAAACUAUUUGCAUAUUAAUAGGGGAAAACAGAAAAAAUAAUUUAUUAAGUGCAUUCUUAUGAUUAUUGAGGCAGGAUCUUUGUACGGUCCUGGAACACUACAAACAUGUUGUCUUAGGCCAUUUUGAGAAGCCUUGUAAUGGCAGUGGGUGCCAAUGUUUAAAAAUCUUGCUGCCCAACAAUCUGGAAUGCUUGAAAUUUCAGUGAAUGGGGAAAUAUUUCUAUUUACAAUACGUUUGGGUGUCCAUUCUCAAAAUCAAUGUUUGUUUUAAGCAGACUGAUUCUGUAACACGUUCUUACUCCCAGUUAUCUCACAGACAUGUGAAAAUUUUCAUGUGUGUAGCUGCCAAGUUGGAAAAGAGGUCAAAUUAAUUGAGGAAAGUUUUCAGUCAGUGGGUUGGCACUACAGUAAUCUACUAAGCAAUCUGAAAGGUAAAGGUGUUUGCAUUGAUUCUUCUUUUCCCCUAGUUGUGUUAAUAAAUUUAUUCUAAAACUGGUAAUUUUCCUUAUAACCUAUAUCUUCCUUCCACUGCAGUGUUUCUAUCCUCUUUAAUUCUGAGAAGCUAUUAUAAUUAUAUUCGGGAAUAUUUGAAAUUAAUCAAUGCCAUUUUCCAACUUCUGGCCUAUAAGACAGUUAGAUCAAAGUUAAUUUUGGCUUUUGAUGGAUUUUAUUUUUGUAUAAUGAAUGUCAGACGGAUUUUUAGCCAGCAGUAUUCUCUUCCACAUAACAAGGUAGGGUAAUGUGGGGUAUUUCUACUGUCCUUCCACACAAAUACAGAAGGAUGAUAUAGCAGAAAUGCCUUUUCAUGUUUUGGCACUCAGUAAUGAUCAUUCCAAAAGAAAUUUUGGUCUUUUGGUGAUAAAACUACUAUAUGAGAGAGAAUGCAGGAAAGCAAUAUGCUUAGCUGUACAUUUAUAGAAGAAUUCUAGCCAGCAGCUAGAAUUUAAUAGAGAAAGAAGAAAAAAUGGACCUGGGUGCUAUUCUGUUCAAAUAUUUCACCUUUAUCAAUUUUUUCCUUCCCAUUUUUAAUACUGGAUUGCACUAAAAGUUUUCGUGAUCUGAAGCAUCUCUUUAAGGUGAGAUUGUAAGUCUUUCUUCGGACACUAAAAUAGGAAUUAAAAAAACCUCCAAACCAACCAAAACAAAAUCACAAACCCAAAACAGACAAAAUGUUUAUUCAAUUUAUGUAGACAUUUUGAAAAAUUCCACAUUGAAAUUUCCAAAUCCCAGAAGUUGGGGGGUUGAAAGUACAGUAUAUUGAAGUAAUUUUUCUUCGGUAGUAUUUUCAGGGGUUUCUUGGUAAGUGGAGUUUCCUUAGGUUUUUUGAUUUUUUUUUUUUGUUUGUUUCUUUGUUUGUUUGUUUUGGGGUUUUUUUUAAAUUAUGACAAGUUACAGGAUGUUAGCUUCAACUUUUUUCCUAGAAGUAAUGUUAAUGCCUACUCACAAUAAAAAGAUAAUGUCUGUUUUCAAUUAAUGAAAUGUUUCAAUAAGAUCCUGACAAAUAUGUAAUGCCAGGAAUUAACUCUAAAUUUGGAUCAAUUGGCACUUGUGGAAUCAGUGAACUAAGCCUGGGAAAACUGAGUUUGCUUUCAGAUGGGCAAUGACAGUAUUUUUAGCAAAAUUUUCUAUUACUGUUCUUUGAAAUUGGCCAUAGCAAUAGAAUUGGAGCUGCAAUGUAAAAUGGGCAGUUGCUGUUCAUAUUUGCCCUUAUGUUCAUGGUUUAAAGUGAAAGAUCAUCAUAAUCCCCCACGUAUAUGACUGCUGUUAACUUGCAUUAUUCAUGAGGUUGAGAGGUUAAAAAAAUAAGUACUAAGAGAAUAUUAUUCUGUCUCUGAGCCCAGGAAUGUUGAAGAGCAUUCAGUAAACUCAGUCAGGGCCUUCCCGCUGUUCUUGUUUUUAACAAAAAUGUGCUAAUUUUUUUUGUAAGAUACGAGGUAUUUUUAUCUCAUGGCACUAAGUAGCUUAAGCAGUGUUUUUGCAUUACAUUACAGUUCUUUAAAGAGUAAGAACAAAGCAAACUGUCCUUCCUGAAAGGAUUUUUAAACAGUGGUGCCCCUGUAGUUACAAGAAACGUGUUACGGUUUUAAUUACGGAAGCUAUGACAUAUAACAUUGUUCCUGCAUUUAAUAGAAUGUGAUGAUGUUUUUUCUAUAAAAUCUUGUGAUUUUUAGUACAAUAAUAUUUUAUAAAUAUACUGUCUAAUUUGAAAUGUAAAUUGCUUGACUCUCUAAUGGGUGCUUGGUAAAUGCACAAGAGAUUUAGCUUUGACUCUCAGGUACCUCUGACGAAAUGGAGACGUGCUGGGUUUUCUUCCUCAUCACAGAACUGGAAUGUGAAGGAGCUCUCUCAUCAAUGCUUUACGUCUCUGUGCUGGUGUAAAUUGUCAUUGCUCUUACUGUUUCAAUUUGGGAAUGUCUUUAUCCUGACAUAUUUCUUGUAGGAACCACAUACACUUUAAAAAAAUAACAAUUUUUUCUAUGUCUAGCAUUUCUUUGAUUCCCAUUAGAUGCUUAGGGAACAGUGAUUUCCCAUAUCUGCAAGAUGGAAAAUGAAUACCAUGUGUUGCUCUGUCAAACAGUUUAACUAAUUCCUGUAAUCAUUUGAGAUAACCAACAGUUUUUCUGUGUGUGCAGUUUAAGGUUUUGGAGCUGUUUGUUUUUUAUAUAUGAAGGAAAUGCUGAUAAUUUGCCAAAUGCUACAGAGCAUGCCUUUGGUUUUAGGGUUUUGAUGAGUCUGUUUGAUACACAGUGUGCUGCAGUUCAGGACAAAGGAGAAAAAGAAUUUCAGUUUCUCUGGCCACUUUGUGUUAGGUUUCAGUCAUGCUGAAAAUGUGUUCCCUACAAGCUGUAGAUGUAAUGUUAAUUCAGCAGUGGACUGAGAGAGAUGCCACAUUGGUACUUAGCAAUUACUUGCAAAGUCUGGGGCACAUGAAUGCUGCUGGAGGCACCAAGGGCCUGAUGUUCCCAUUUCCCAGUGUUCACUGCAUCCUGCUUGUUUGCUUUUGGCCUAUAGGAAGUCCCUGUAUGAGGGCAGGGGCUGUACUGUGUGACUGGCCUGGCUUACCAUGGAGUUGGGCUGGAGUGGACUGCACACAAACUCAGAAGCAGGGUGGCUGAGGCACUCCUGGGUAUCUCAGUGAGGUGUGGCAGAUGCUGAAGUAUUUUGUGGAAAUAAGAUGUUAAUCAGGGGUGUUGUUUGAACUGUGGGGCUGCAGCUGAUACUUGACCCAGUGUGCUGGUCUGUGUGUGUCAAACCUUCUUGCAACAUACUAACAAAAAUAGGGGAUACUGCAAAUCACUUUCCUUGGUGUGUGCUGCUGUAAUUGUCAUUCUUUCCCCAAUGCUCCUCCUGCCUAGAUACUGCUAUUCACAGCUAUGAUGGCUUUAAAUAAGGUGGCAAAACAAUUUCUUUGUAAUUCUUGUUUCCAUUUCUCUUGGUGUUGAAUGUUAUCAUUCCUAUUCUCUCUUGAAAGAUCUUACUAUCUUAGGGAAAUUAAGUUACUGAGCUACACUAAGCUAUCAGAGGAGGGAGAAAACCAGUUAAAUUUUGUUCAUAGAGUGAGUUUAUGGACACACAUUCAAAUUUCAUAUGCAAACAGGCCUCGAUAAGGCAGAGUGUUUGUAAAUUAAGUUAAGAAGUGGCAUGCUCAAAAAAUCAAGAAACAAACUAAUGUUAUUAUCAUAAUGUUGAGUUAUAUGGCUAACUGUAGGAUGGUGCUUCUAAUCAGCUUUCUUAUCUGGAACAAGUUUUGAGUUAGUUACCAUUUCUGUUAUGGCUGUCAUGUGUAGUGCCUGCAAUUUAAUAGUUACGACUCCAGUAGCAUUUCUGUGUUCACUCAAAAACAGUUGUUAUGCAUUAUUUCCCCAUCUAAUCCAUGAUUUCAUUAAUGCUGUAUUUUGUUUUACAUGAUUAUUGCAGGGCAUGAUUUCUCAGGGAAAUAUGGGUGAUACCAUACGUUGUGAGAGCCAAUAACUAAUUCCUGCUUUUAAAAUUGCUACAAACAUUUCCAAGUUUCACUCAAAACAUUUCACAUUGUUUAGCUUUCAUGUUGAACUUCCUUUAGACUUAUCAGGUAAAUCAUGAUGAGAAUGUUAAGAACAUUUAAAGGUGUCAAUAAAAUACACUCUGCCCAACAUUUGUUACUGUUUGGAGAAACAUCCAUUCUAAUCUGAUGUUGCAACAUGUGUGGUUUUACUUUGUUGUCCUCUGCGCCGUACAAAUGAAUAGUUACUCUGCUGAUUUUGAAGAUGCACUUCUGGCAUGACAGUGACAUUAACUUUCAGGGUUAGGCAAUGCCAUAAUAAUAAUCUGAUUAUGGAGUAGAUCACCGGUAUAAAUCUCUAAUAUAAAUAUAUUCAUUUAUAUCAUCAAAUUUUUACUAAGUCUGUUCACUUUGGGGAUUUUUUUGUUUGUUUUUCCAGUAAAGAUACUUUGUCUAGACUGGGAUUUGAUCCAAAGCCCAAGAGAGUCAUAGACAGCAUUAAUAAAGUAAAACUAUUGAAAAGGAACUCUGCAGUCAGGCUGACCUUUAUGCCUUUGCAGUAUUUCUGUCUGCAGCAUAUAUUUGGAGUGGUUUGCUUUAAGACCUCGGUAAUAUAAAUGGAGGGAUUUUAGUGAUGGUAAAAAUGGUAAACACACUACUGUAACUGGUCACAAAAGAUAUAUUCUGUAUAGCCAGCAAACAGCCUAAUUAUUUAGAAGGUGAAUUUGUCUUACUACAUGACUUUUGUUUAAAAUCAUCAGUGUGAGAAAUGUUAACCUCUACACUUUGUUGUAUACUUGAAGGAGAAUUUUCUUGUCCGUAGUGAGAACGUGUGAUCAUAGUCAUCAGCCUUGAGCAUCACCUUCCUCUUGAUGAUUUCUGCUUUGACAUUUCCAUUUACAUGCCCUGUUGCAUUCAUUGCAAAGUGAAUUUCCUCUCUAGGUAAAGCCAGUGUAAUUACAUUUUGACUAUCCUAGUUCUCCGUGGUGUUAGAAAUCUAACAUAAAACAUAAAUCCGACAUAUAAAUGCGACUACUCAGAUAUAUGUGUUCUCACUCUGCUCUGAGGUGAAGUGUUGCAUCAUUACAUCUGGUAUUAGGAGGUAACCAGACCUUUUCUGGAUAUACCUGCCAUGAUGUGGAACACAUCCAGAAUUUCAUCUGGCUUUCGCUUCCUACUUCUAAAAAGCAUAAAAGGCUUUUCUCUGAGGAUUUUUGUAGAAAGCAACUGUUUAGUUCUACAAGUGCAGAGUCCUUUAGCUGCAUCUCUUUCUAAAGUUGCAUCCAAUGUUCCUUUUCUUUUAUUAAUGAACUUCUGUUUUUUCAGGGAGGGUGCACAAAUUUUCUUUAUAUCCCACAGAAUAAAUAUAACUGGCUACUGGAAUUGCCUCAGACAUAAUAGUUCAGGGCUGUUUCUACAGUUCUGCACAUAUGCUCCUGAUUUUUUUUCCACGAUUUUUUUUAUAAAACCCCAAACAAAACUUCACAUUUAUGAAGCUGGGGGAAUUAGCCAUUUGGCAUAAAACUAAUUUUAUCAUAUGCAAAUGACUGUCUUUUCAUUGAUGAUAUCCUUUGAUAUAUUACAGCCCACGAAUCUUCCUUGUCUGUGUAAUAGGAGAUGAUGCUUUUCUUCUACCUAAAUCUGACCUUUUGCAUACCGAUUAAGUUAGUUCCUCUACAAGAAUGAGUAAUUUCUCAAAUAUUUUAGAAUCUUCUUUUUCUUCUAGGUUGGGAAACAGGGGGGGCUUUCCAGCCAAACAGUAUCACUUUCCUGUUGGGUAAGGAAAAAAAAACCCACUAAAAUUAAAACAAAAAUCUUAAUUGAAAAUUAGAGAAUCUUAGUAGGAAGCAUAUGGGAUCAGCUGUAAUAUCAUUGAGGUAAUUUCCUGCAUAGGAAGUGCUUAGGCAGUGGUUUAUUGGAUUGAUCUCUGGUUGAUCUUGACCUAAUAUAAAAAGUCGAUAUUUUGAAUAAUCAUUUCAUAUGAAGCUAAAUGCUUAAAUUAAGCCCUGUGAUUGUAACAAAACAAAACAAAACAAAAAAAAAGGGAGAAAAAUUAUAUUUGGAGACUUAGGAGUUUCUUUUGUUUUUCUUUUUCUUGAAGUACAUCCAAGCAGUUACAAAGGAAUGCUCUGCUAAUUGAAAGUCACGAGGCUGUUUACACAAAGCUAUAUGGAAAGCAUAGCCAGUUGUUGGAGUUGACAUUUUCUGAAUGGGAUUAGAGAAACGUAAUAAGUAUGAGAUACAACCUCAGCAUUGUACAGCUGAAGGGGUUCUUGUAAUGAUUUAAAGUCUAUGUGAGGUCUCUUUGGAGUAGAUAUUAGUGAAGCAAAAUUGUUUGUGAACCUUGAUUUAUGAAACUCCUGAAACUUAUUGCGUUAAAAGAUGCACAAAACCAGUAGCAGUUUUAAUGUUUGUUUUGGCAUUACAUUUUGUACCAAGUUUCAGGGAAUUCUCAAUAACACUUUUAAAGCAGAUGCUGCUUUAACUGAAGAACUUUCACCUGAAGAAAACUUUUGUUUGCCUGAAGUCUGUACAGUUUCUUGAUAAUUCAGAUGUUCAGAGAGCACAGAAAGUUCCAGUAUAUAUCCUUUAUGAAACGUCUUUAUGCAUCAUCUUUUAACCAUUUUCCUUAGCGAGACCAGAACGUGAAUUACUGAUGUAUUGCAUUUGCACUUAAAAAACUGAUUUCAGAGUAUGUUAAAAACCUUGAUCUAUUUUUGAUAAAAGAAGAAAUGUAGCAUUUUAAUCUGAUUUCCAUUUAAUGGUAAGGAUAUUCAUGCAGAGAAAAACAUAUAAUGGAGGUUUGAUGCAGUGAUUUUUUAAGCCAAGAAAACAGCAGGAUGGCAGUGGUAAAUCUGAAAUGAAGAUGCAUGUCUGCUCAGAAACUGGUUUCCUUCUGCCUGCUUUAUACCAAAUUGGUGUCUCCAUUAUUCCAGGAUAGUACAGGUGAAGCAAGGACCAGAACUUUACCCUUUAUUCUUUAAAAGUGAACACUGGCUUUUGCUUGGAGUGUCUUUGUCCUGUCACUUCAUUUUCUGAGGGGAAGUCAGUUAAAUGAGAAAUAUAGAAUAAGUAUUUUUAAUUAAAAUCAGAUUUAAGCUAUUCAUUAUUUUGAAAUCCUCUAUAUUAAUAGAGAUCUAGUGAAUGGAAAUUAAAGUCCUAUAUUGCAAAUACUGAACAGUGCUUAUAUAUUUUUAACAAGACCAAUAUAUAUCUGAGUAUUUAAAACGUGUGAAGGUAAAAAUUGGACGAUUUUUCUUGUGUUUAUAGGUUUAUAAAUUGAAAUUCUUAAUACCCAGUACCAAAACCCUAUAAAAGGGCUAAUGAAAAGAAAAUGUAAUGUAUUCUGAUUAACAGCCUGUGUAAUACAAUCAAUGUGUGUGAUGUUUUUGUUCUGUAUUAUAUUUAUUAUAUGUAAGUAAACAAUAAAGAUUAUAAAUCUUA